GUUGUUGCUCUGACGUCAGUGAGAGCUACAAUGAAGCUGACAACAUGAGUAUAAAAGCCGGUUAGGAGGCAGCGCUCUGCUGCUCCAAACUGCACCCGGCUGACAUCAGGGCACCAACAUGCACUUUCUGAGCUCCUCUCCCAUCGUCCUGCUACAGCUGACUUUACUGGGCGUGCUGCAUGCUGCCAAAUGGACAUACACUGGGCCAGAAGGAGAGCACCACUGGCCCAAGCAUUAUCCGUACUGUGGCGGUGCUUUCCAGUCUCCAAUAGACAUCAGGUCUGAGCUGCUCAGGUUUGAUCCAACUUUACGUCCGAUUGAGGUUCAAAACUACAACCUGUCACCAAAUGAGCAACUCACUCUUGGGAACAAUGGACACUCUGUGCAGAUAUCGUUGCCCUCCAAGAUGCACAUCUCCAGCCUGCCUCACCGUUACACUGCAGCUCAACUCCAUUUCCACUGGGGCUCCUCCAGUCGGCCCGCAGGCUCUGAACACACGGUGAACAGUAAGCAGUAUGCAGCAGAGAUGCAUGUAGUGCAUUACAAUUCCGACAAGUACCCCAAUAUGUCCAUGGCUGUGGACAAAUCUGACGGUUUGGCUGUACUGGGUGUCCUUAUUGAGGUUGGGGACUUCAAUCCAGCCUUUGAGCAGUUUCUACAGUUCAUCAGUGGUAUCAAGUACAGAGAUCAAAGAGUGCAGAUAUCCGGGUUCAACAUCAGAGCGCUGCUGCCUGCACGUCUGGAUGAGUAUUAUCGCUACGACGGCUCACUGACGACUCCUCCGUGCUAUCCGAGUGUGCUGUGGACAGUGUUCAGGAAUCCCGUGACAAUUUCUCGCAAGCAGUUUCUGUCCCUAGCAACAGCCCUCUACUCCUCCCAUGCCCAGGACUCUUCCCCUGUGCCGCUGAAUGGCAACUACAGGAAACCACAGCUUGCCGACAGUCGAGUUGUCUUGGUAUCAUUCAAGGAAGAUGACCAGUCUUGGAUAAACACUGGUUUACUGGUUCCCAUAUUGAUCUGCCGCCGAACAGGACAAAAGCAAACGAGCUGCGUACAACAUUGGAGACAGAGACGAGUACGGCUCAAGAGUGUAGCUCUUUGUUGUGGGCCUCGGUUCAAAAGAAACGUCAAGUCCAUGACACCAUUGUCCCUUGUCCCUUUGCAUCACUCCAUGUGUUUUCGUGAAAUUGUCCCAUGGGUCAGUUUGGACAUUUAUGGAAGCAUACAGGGUUUAAGUCCAUCACAUGAUUACGUUUGCAUGCAGCUCUGGGGUUUUGGGAACCACUUUUUUUCUUUCUUCUCAAGCCGCAGUCUGGAUGGUUUUUGCUGUGUUGUGGCAGGCACAGCAGCGGGCCUCCACGCUGGAUGUUUUGUACUGUGAGACUACUUCCUAAGAGCAAGAGGAGCAGCUGUCCCCUCCGGUCCCCCGUUGUUUAUUUGACAUGAUGUGCUGAGUUUCUGAAGGAGAGCUCCACACAGAAGCUCCCAGGCAUGUACAGUAGAGCUGAACUGGUAAGAAUCUCAGGUCAAGUCAGAUCAUGGCACCCUUCCCCUGGGCUGUCCUGGCAUGGUAGAAAGCCCAACCACAGUCCAAACAAUAGGGGAAUAGGAGUCAACAGACAUCCCUGAUGGUAGCAUGGCCUGAGAGGGAUGGGCGACACCACAUUUGCACCAACCCUGUACUUAGAGUUGCUCUAUGGAUUUUAUAAUAAAAGGGUGCUUAGCUUCAUACAAACACUGCUCCUUUCCUGUGAAUAAUGCUGAGAAAGAAAGGCUUUUGUGUUGUCAGGCUGCACGUGGGCUGACCCCUCACCCCGGUCCGCUGCUCAGAUCACAAGACAAACUCCCCAGCACUUCUGAGAGCCUCUCAGUUUGGCUGUAUAGUUAACCACAGUGCUGGAGAGUUAUUAUGUCAUCAUGCAAUUCUCACAAGUAUCAUGUCCUGUCUUCACUAUAUCCAUCAAUUUAUCACCAUAGAGAACAGAGUAUAGAAGGUGGCACCCUCUACUGUGAGCCUACAUUUAAGAUCAUUUAGACUGGUUAAAGGGGUUAUCUGGUAAAAUGAGGUUCAGUAAGCAUUAGGUGACCGUUUCAACAGAAUAAACUCAUUUCACCAACACAAAAUCCUUUUAUCUGUUACAUGUUCCUUGCUGCUUGUGGUUAGAUUUCAUGGUUGGUAUCCUUUUUGCCAUAUUGUUGAUAAAUGUAUCGCUUCAUGUGUCAAGAUGUGUUUGAUUUUUAAAUCGUGUUAUUUGUGUGAUAGUGCUCUGAAGUUUCAUUGUGUACAGUACGUGUAAAUAUCUGCAGUCAAGCAGAGUUGAAAAUAAAUAUGUGUUUUCAAAUACA